AUGGGGAAGGGCAACUGGGUAGCAGACUUGCGAGCUGUGAUUUCGGAGCUGCCCUACUCGACGUCAUUUCCGGACGCCCAGUCGGUGCGGGAUGAGCAGAUAUGGUUGGAUCUGACAAAGGACAUCCGGACAGGGGCUGACAAAUGGCUACACACGCUCCUCGAGGACAACGAACUGCUAUACCUGCUACACGGGAGGAAGGAGCGAGUGGGAUCGGGUGAAGUUAGAGUGGUGCGACGGUCUUUGCGGGGGUACCUCAGAAUCGGGAAUCGAGACCACCGUGUGGCGCUCACCAAACUACUGGUCGCAAACCACACCCUUCGCUCGGUAACUGGUCGGUGGGCAGGCAUACCACUAAACGAGCGGUGGUGCCGAAUGUGUGGACAGGCGGAAGAGACACCCGAACACGUCCUAUUGGAAUGUCGUGGGGUCGCUGAGGUGAUCACCCAGAGACAGAGGGUGCGACAGCUGCUAAUGAACGUCUUGAAGCCAGACGAUAUGGAACGCAUCCGAAGCGUGGGGAGCAGGGGCACCGACCAACUGCGCAUUCUCAUCAGCAUCGACAAGGCCAGCGUGAUAGUGGCACCCUUUGCGUACAAGGUCAUGAAGACGGUUCGACAGUCGCCCUUUGUCCCGACAACUUACUGGGCUGAUGAGAGUUCUGGGAGUUCCUCUCUAUUAGUCAGCCUGGGGGUUACGGUGCCCACGAGGCUGCUGGACCUUGGAAACACACACACACACAACCACAGCAUCAGGCCAAUCUGGCGCAACGUCCUGUGGGAUAUCGUUGCCUUGCUUGAUUCGCUCGGAGUCGAAUGGAGUACGGUCGAUCCUCUAGCCUAUGCGAAUGCAGGCGAGGCGACUUUGAUAUGCGACUUCAUUAUUACCAUUGGCGUAAAACCACACUCCCUCUCCCAUCGAGCAGCUGAGGCUGCUGCCAAUGCCGUCGCCAACAUCCUCCAGGCUGCCGGAUUCCCUCAGAUUGAAGUCGCCUUCAUCGAGUCUACCUACCGCCUCCAGGCGAAUCUCAUGGGCUUCAAGGCGUUAAGAUGGGAACCCAUUCAGGGCCUCCGCAAGCCCUUCACUCCCACUCUUGGCCUUUCGAUCUCACCCCACAAGUCACCUCACUGCGAGGGCACAGGGGGCCUCUUCUUCCGCCUCAACACAGACAAGUCUGACAACCGCGUCGUCCUGUUGACAUGCGCCCAUGUUGCUCGCCCUGACGUGCUCCGCCUGAACCGCCAGUAUACACGCCAAAACGAGAGCCAGCCGCGCGAGGACAUCAUUCUCCUUGGAGACAAAUCCUUCACUUCCGCCACAGAGGACAUCGUCAAGUUCGAAAUAAAUCAUAUGAAGGCUAUUUCCAGCUGGGAGAGGUCGCUCAGCAAGGUCCCGCCGCAGGAGGAGGGCGAGCCUGAUGAAGUCAGCUCGACUCGACAGUACUGGACUCACCGGAUUGCCGACACGAAGAAAAUGAUCGCAGCGGCAAAGGACAUCCACUCCUACGCUACCAAGAAUCUCGCCCCGGCCGCCUCCCGCAUUCUUGGAUCCGUCCUGCAUUGUUCUGAGAUUGAGGUUGACGCUGAUGGUUUCCGGUGCGACUGGGCUUUCAUCGAGGUGGAUGGCCAUAGGCUAGAGUCGGAGGACUUCCAGCGCAAUAAGCUCUUUGUCGGCGGAAACAAGACUUCUGUUGAUUGGGAGAACUUUAUGUUCCCUCAGCAUCACGACCGCCGUGACUUCCAGGUACCUCAGGAUUCGCUCCUUCAGCUCGGAGGCUAUGUCUCCGAGGCCGAGUUCCAGAACCCCCAGAACUACGACGUACAUGACAUGCAGGCGCUUCUGGCGGUCAAGAACGGUUUUACCACCGGCACCACAUUCGGACGCGUCAACGGGCUCGAAUCAGUUACACGAUGCUAUCCCGAAGUCGGGGGCGUUGCUCAGACCGCCCUAGAGUUCGUUGUCUGUGGUUAUGACACCAAGACGGCCAAGAACGACAGGUUCUCCGACGGCGGUGACUCUGGCUCCAUCGUGGCGGGCAGGGACGGACGUAUAAUCGGUCAAGUGACGGGUGGUGCAGGUCUUACCGACGGGACGGAUAAAACCUAUAUUACGCCUUAUUUUGCCCUCAAGAAUGCCAUCGAGAGGAAGUACCCCAGCGCCUACCCCCUCCCCGCUGCCAUCUGA